CCCGGGCAGCGACCCGGCCCGAGCGCGCUGCUGGAGCCGCCCGGCCUCCAGCGCGCUCUGCACCCGCGGCGCCCCUCGCCCGCGGCCCCUGGCCUGCCGGCCCCGGGCUCGCCGGCAGCGGGAGCGACCUCAAGAUGGACGAAGACGGCGGCGGCGAGGGUGGCGGCGUGCCUGAAGACCUCUCCUUAGAAGAGAGGGAAGAACUUUUAGACAUCCGUCGAAGAAAAAAGGAACUUAUUGAUGACAUCGAGAGACUGAAAUAUGAGAUUGCUGAAGUGAUGACCGAGAUCGACAAUCUGACUUCUGUGGAGGAGAGCAAAACCUCCCAGAGGAACAAGCACAUAGCCAUGGGGAGGAAGAAGUUCAACAUGGACCCCAAAAAGGGCAUUCAGUUCCUCAUCGAGAACGACCUGCUGCAGAGCUCCCCAGAGGACGUGGCCCGGUUCCUGUACAAGGGGGAAGGCCUCAACAAGACCGUCAUCGGGGACUACCUGGGGGAGAGGGAUGAAUUCAACAUUAAAGUUCUUCAGGCUUUUGUCGAACUCCAUGAGUUUGCUGACCUCAACCUGGUCCAGGCCUUAAGGCAGUUCCUGUGGAGCUUCCGGCUUCCGGGGGAGGCCCAGAAAAUCGACCGCAUGAUGGAGGCGUUCGCCUCCCGCUACUGCCUGUGCAACCCUGGGGUCUUCCAGUCCACAGACACGUGCUACGUGCUGUCCUUUGCCAUCAUCAUGCUCAACACCAGCCUGCACAACCACAACGUGAGGGACAAGCCCACGGCCGAGCGCUUCGUCACCAUGAACCGAGGCAUCAACGAGGGCAGGGACCUGCCCGAGGAGCUGCUGAGGAACUUGUACGAGAGCAUCAAGAAUGAGCCAUUCAAGAUCCCGGAGGACGACGGCAACGACCUGACCCACACGUUCUUCAACCCGGACCGCGAGGGCUGGCUCCUGAAGCUGGGCGGGCGCGUGAAGACCUGGAAGCGGCGGUGGUUCAUCCUGACCGACAACUGUCUCUAUUACUUUGAGUACACGACGGACAAGGAGCCCCGGGGCAUCAUCCCGCUGGAGAACCUCAGCAUCAGGGAGGUGGAGGACCCGCGGAAGCCCAACUGUUUCGAGCUUUAUAACCCGAGCCACAAAGGGCAGGUCAUCAAAGCCUGUAAGACGGAGGCGGACGGCCGAGUGGUGGAGGGCAACCAUGUGGUGUACCGCAUCUCGGCGCCCAGCCCCGAGGAGAAGGAGGAGUGGAUGAAGUCCAUCCGAGCGAGCAUCAGCAGGGACCCUUUCUAUGACAUGCUGGCUACGCGGAAACGGAGGAUUGCCAAUAAAAAGUAGCUUUCCUGGCCUGAGCAGGUAAAAAACCAAACACCAAACCCGCAGCAGAAAGUGACCGGGAGGCCUCCCCGCGACACCCCGGACCCCCGACAGCCUUUCCCAGGAGGCGCCCCAGGACGUGGGGCCUCCUGCAGCCAGAGCUUGCGCCGUGGCCUCGAGGCCCCCGGUUCUCCAGAGCCUCUGUGCGCCGCGCCGCUGCCCGCCUGCGAGCGCGGCUCUGCCGCCGGGAGCCGAGCCGCCCGCCGCUCUGUCCCCAGACCCUCGCUCGCGCUGCCGCCGCUUGUCGCGCAGUCCCUGCUCUGGGAGCCGCUGUCUCGUAUCAGAACAGGAAGGAACAGCUACCAUUUUUAUUCAGAUUUUUUUCUCAGAUGUAUAGGAUUAUAGCUUUUAUAUGCCUUUUUCUAUUUUGAAAUUAUAAUGAGAAAUACUUUCUAACAGUAGUAUUUUUAGAACGGCAGCUAUAAAUUUAACUCCUGACACAAGUAUUUACUGUGCACUGACAAAGAAUCACGCAGACGCCAGAGGUGCAGCGGCCGGGGGCAGGCGCUGGUGCGGGGCCCCCCUGUGGGGGUGAGGCGCCCGGCGGGGCGCGCUCCCCGCGCCGCUGCUCCGUGGGGGCCCUCGUCCCUCCUGGGACAGGCGGGUGACCUGUUUCCUUGAGGUGUCCGCUUCCCCUGGGGCCUCCUCAGCACAGGCUGGGUGGCCCCACAGAUACUUCAUAGAGACCGAUCAUUAAAAUUUAGUUUGGGGUGCCUGUUCCGUAACCGCUGAACCCCCGCCGAGAUGUCUGUCUGUCGAACCGUAGGAAACUGCCAACACCCAACUGCUUCCCCUACAAGCAGCACUUUCACACGGUUCAACGGAACACGUGGUCCGGGCCAGCUCAUGACCACUGUCCUCACUAUUCAAAACCCUUGGGCAAAAUGGAUGCUUCUGUCACUGAUCUGAUUGACCAGAUUUCUUAAUAUAACGAGUAGGUAUGUAACUAGAAAUAAUCUUAUUCCAUUUUUUCAGAGUUGCUCCCCUUUAAUGUGGAGGGAAAGCGUGUGGCCCUUGGGGUCUCCUGUAAACACUAGUCUAAGCCCCCAGCUUGCACGGGGUCGGGGGGAGCUGGGGGACGCCCCCAGCCAGGCGGUCAGGCUGCCGUCAGCAGCACGUUUGCGGGGCCCCCGCACAUCCCCAGCUGGACUGAGGCUGCAAGUGGACGGGGCCGGGGCCCGCGUGCAGGGCCAGGAUGUCUCUGGGCCUCAGGACAGGGCUCGUGACGGCACCUUUUUUUGCUGGGGGCUUUAUUUCUGCCACCAGGACCGCCCCCGCCUGCCUGGGUUGUCCUGGCAGUGGGCCCCUCGCCCCGCAGAAGUGCCCCCUACUCCUGCCCUGGCCGCGGGCACGCCCUGAAUUCACACCCCUGUGCAAAGUCCAAGAAAGAAAACCUCAGGCUGACCUGUGCACUUAGGCGAAGAUUCCAGUGGCAGAAGUCGCUGUCCUGUGAGUCGCCUUGCGGAGGCUGGCGGCUGCGGGCUCUUGGCUUCGGUGCGGCUGCCCUGGACGUAGCUUUCAGUCCCACUAGCCCGCGAAGGGUCGGAGUCCGCGACUCUCCAACAUGCUUGUCAAACUGGCUUUCAUGGCUUAUUCCCAGGCGCUUAGGCUUUGUUACUGUACUGAUACCUCAAAUUCAGAACUUCGGUGUUUGAGAAAGACCAGUCAUCCUUGAAAUGCCUGACUGGUACGUGUGCCACUUGGGCCUCCCGUCUUCUGCGAAAACAGAGACGCCGCCUGGACCACGCCCCCCCCACGGAACGCCACUGAGGACAGCGCGACCCCCAGGCCGGCCCCGCCCCCAGGGUGGCCCUCGGCGCUGACAGAUCAGUAUUUCCCGCGUGGACAUUCUCUCUGUCCUUUGUGGGACCCAGGUAGGAUCCUGGGGCUACAAGGCUCUUCUGUCUUUUGGGUUUGGCCUCAGAGUGGGGCUGGGAGCAGCGAACCUAAGGAAACGCUCGACACGAAGUGUUUCCCUGGUCGCCUGUGAAGGACACUCACUCGAUGGCCGCAGCCCAGGAACGGUGCAGAGCACCGUGGUGCUUAGAAGCUACGUCUCUUGCCACCAGAGUGUUCCGUGAGAUCCUCUAAGGCCAGGUUUCGCUGUGACAGUAUUAAUCUCGCAGCCAUGUAGCCGUCACCCCCACUACACCCUCCGGCGGGCCUGGUGCCGGAGCCCCAGCAGGGUCCCGCUCGUCCGCGCCCCAGCCCCACGCCUGUGCUCGGUGCUGAAUUAUCCUGGUUCUGGCCAAAGACGUGCUCCCCGCGAGAGAGGGAGAGCGAGCGAGUGUGUGCGCACGCGGCAGUGAGGGGUGCUGGCUGUGGUCAGCAGCGGGGCGGCGCUGGAUGGCCCUGGACCCAGACAAGCAGUGUCCUCAGGAUCACGGAGCAUUUCUGAGCAGUGUGACGUGGUACCAAGCUAAGUCCAAAUGCAAGCUAUUUGUAGACGCAGCAGCAUUUAAUGCUUCAUAUGAAGCAAUGCAUAUUUUUAAAGUUAAGAUGCAUAUAUCUACAUAGAUGUGCUUUGCUGAAAAGUUAGGUCUGUUGUAGACCAGAAGCCACAAGUGAUUCUCGUUUUCUUAUUUUUUUCUUAGAAGACAUUUCUAUUUACAGUAAAUAGUUAAUAUGUAAAUAAUGUACAUAUAUAUUGAUUUCUGGAGUGUUUAUUCAGUGUAUAUACUCCCACAACUUGCAUGAAAAAAUAUCCUAUAUCGGUAUUUUGUUGUAAACAGUAAAAUCAGAGGGUGUGUGGCUAUCAAAUUGAAAAUACUAUGUUCACUAAAUAAAAACCAAACGCCUUGUUCAACAAAACAA